AUGAUCAAGAAAGCAAAGCAGCACGAAUCUGAUGAAGACGAUGACGUGUACCUCGAGGUCAAGCAGGAGGUGUUCGGCACCGCGAAUCGACAGAAAAAUCCUGCUGCUCAGGAGACACGCGAGACACCAGCACCAAAGAUGUCCGCCUCAACUCAAUUACAAGAAGUGGAAUGCACCCCUCGCCUUGCGAAGAUCUCCAAAGAAACGAGAGCGGCGUUGAAGAUCGUCCGCAAGUAUGAUUCAUCUACGCCGCUAUACAACACUGCUGUUGGGAUGAUCUCAGAACAUGUACUCGCGUCCAAGUCGGAUCAGUCUGACACGACUCUAAGAUCGCAGGCAUUUGCAUUCAUUGAGAAGGAACUCUUGCAGAAGCGCACACCUCGAGGCAAAUUGACUCUUGUGGUUGAACAUGUUCGAGGCAAAGUGGCCUUGACGCUAGCACAUAACCUGGCUCGCGUUAUCGAGUCCGAAAAGGAUCUUAACACAGUCCUCCUGGCCAUUCGGUCCGAAUUCGAGAGCAGACACCUGGGAAGCGCAACAGACUGUAUCACCGCGUGGGCAUCUGAGAUUUCUCCGUCUGGAAAACGUAAGCGGCACUCAUCUGAUCCCGCGCCAAGUGAGGCCUCGCCUAAGAGGAAAAGAGUUGACCAGAGCGUGGAUACGGAGAACGAAGAAAGCAGGAUGAGAUCGAAGCAAGGAUUCAAUCUUGCGCCUUUCCUGGCACUUCGAGACUUGCAAAAGGUGAUAGCAUAUGCCAGACAACAUUUCCAAGAAGGCCAAGAUAUCUUCAACUUUCACGUACGCCGAUCAAACUCUAUGGGGCCGAGCGACGCGAUUUCCACACAGCUGCUCGAAUGGUCAGCGCUGUCUGAUGCGCAGAAGUACGAGUGGCAAGAACUUCUGGCUGCGCUCCACAGAGGCUCAAGGGCUCCGGUACAAAAGUCUGGCCAGGACCUGUUGAAGCGACACCAGGCCAGCUUGAUACCUGCUACAGCCGUUCGAGAUGAUUCUUCGACGUCUUCCAGCGACAGCAGUGGAAGUGACGAUGACACUUCUGACGAUGGUGACAGCAGAAAGCCUGCGGAAGCGACACCUUCAGCUUCACAACAACACAACGUGCACAGUUCUCGCGAGGCUACAGAACAACUCGAAAUCCCAAGUGAACCGACAUCUUCCGCCCUACAGCGUCAGUAUGUACCCGACUCUCACGAGGCUGCAGAGCAGGACGGCUAUCCGCGGAACAUUCCAUGGUCUAAGGCGGAGAAGAGAGUACUCCUCAAAGGCAUCAAUCUCGGCUGGUCCAUUCAGAAAAUCGCAUCAGAGCUUCCAUCGCUUCGCCCCCGUACCCCACAGGCGAUCUCUUGUGCGAAGAGCCAGAUGAACCGAAGACAUCCCAAAGGGGUGCCUGUGAUCCGAGCCGACACUCCAUUUCCUCUUACUGCGGCACCACCACCUCCUCAGCCGCAGCCUAUGCAACGAACUGGACCUGAACAACAAAGCACAAGAAGAAGUCGGAAGCGUGCCGCCACUGCGUCCACGAGCGUUUCGCCCAUGGUCCGAGCUGGCACUCCGUUUCCCGUUGCUGUCGCGCGGCCAAGUAGUCAACCGCAGCCUAUUCAACAAUCUACCACUGAAGGCAGUGGAAAGCUUGUCGUGGCUGUCCCUCGGAGCCCGACGAAGUUAAGUUGUGCGCAAGACCGCCCAACUCUCACGACAAAAGCUACUGGCGCAGCUGAUGCGACACCAGAGCCGACGUUCCUCCAGUACGAGCCACAGCCUCGGGCGACGGCCGACAACCACGAUCUGGAGUAUCUCCUGCUCCCGAUCGGCACGCCCGAAUGUCCGACGAGCGAUGCCGACCCGAAGGAUGUGACUGAGGCAUGUUGGCAAGCGUUUGGCAAACACUCUGCCUUCGAAAAGGCACAAGAGCUGGGCGAUAGACUGUGGGUGGCCACAUUCCGAAGAAAGGGAUCUCUCCCUGUUCCCAAGGUUCGUCUGAAAGAUGCAACCAUCAAGUUCCGUGGUCAUGAGUUCCACGCACGACACCUUUGCUUCAAGCCGCCGAAACUCUUCGAUGCAACCUUCUUGGAGGAGGAAGUGAAGACCACCGAUCUUGUGGCCGCAAUACAUGCUGCUUUUGGCGCGUCAUUCCGACUACCGCGUCUGACUGUGCAGACAUGGCCCGGUACUCCUGGACUUCCGAUAAAACGAAUCUUCGCGCAGUUCAUUGCGAAUCCAGGUCUGGUUUCAUUCUACAUUCCUGUCCAGGUGGCCGCUAGUCGGCACUGGGUUCAUGUGCGUUUCUCGCCCUCGGACCCCAAGAAGUCUUGCUGGGUAUGCAAGGUCCCUCAUCUGAAUGGUGGGUGUGAAAAGGCGAAUCGUAUAUCUUACCCGACUGCUUUCGGUGCAAAAUGA